UGAAGCUCACCAAGUUUGACACCUUUUGUGGACUAAAAAGGAGACCUACAACACUGCUGUGAUGGAGUCACGGACGACUCGCAAAUCAAUACUGGCAGGAUUUUACCUUUGGGCGACUUUGAGCUUUCAAGGCUGCCAUGGUGGAGUAUAUCAGAGGAAGCUGUAUCGGGACUUGAUGGUCAACUAUAAUCGACUGGAACGUCCAGUCCAAAACGACUCUGCGCCCAUCCUAGUGGAACUUGGUCUCACUUUGCUGCAGAUCAUUGAUGUGGAUGAGAAGAACCAGGUUUUGAUCACAAAUGCGUGGCUUCAUCUGCAGUGGACGGACGUAUAUCUUACAUGGGAUACAGAGAGCUACCCUGGUGUUCAAAACUUGCGAUUCCCUUCCAAUUUAAUAUGGGCUCCAGAUAUUCUCCUCUACAACAGCGCCGAUGAGAGAUUUGAUGCCACUUUCCAUACAAAUGUACUGGUCAAUGCGACAGGGUCUUGCCAGUAUAUCCCACCAGGCAUUUUAAAGAGUACCUGCUACAUCGAUGUGCGCUGGUUCCCAUUUGACGUGCAGAAGUGCGACCUAAAAUUUGGCUCUUGGACGCACAACGGCUGGUUGCUAGACCUCCAGAUGAUGGACGUGGACAUUUCCAACUACAUACCCAAUGGCGAGUGGGACCUUGUUGGUGUGCCAGCCAAGCGGAAUGAGCUCUACUACGACUGCUGCAAAGAACCAUACCCUGAUGUGACAUUCACUGUCACCAUGCGCCGUCGGACACUUUACUACGGCCUCAACCUACUCAUCCCCUGUGUUCUCAUCUCUGGUUUGGCCCUGCUGGUCUUCCUGCUCCCUGCAGACUCUGGAGAGAAGAUCUCACUGGGCAUCACUGUGCUGCUGUCUUUAACUGUGUUCAUGUUACUGGUGGCAGAGAUCAUGCCCGCUACAUCAGACUCUGUUCCUCUGAUUGCUCAGUACUUUGCCAGCACAAUGAUGAUUGUGGGCUUAUCUGUGGUGGUGACAGUGCUGGUUCUCCAGUUCCACCACCAUGACCCCCAAGGAGGGAAGAUGCCCAAGUGGGUUCGAGUUAUUCUUCUCAACUGGUGCGCUUGGUUCCUGCGCAUGAAGAAGCCUGGAGAGGAAAGGAAAACAAGUGGUCAGUCUGGCAUUUGCUCAGCCUACAGGUAUCCCCACCCCCCUCCUCACCACACCAGCACCAACAGCAUUCAAAUGAGCACCAUACCAGGCCAGGCCUCCACCCAGUCAACUAACACGAAUGGGAACAUUAACCUGUACCUGGGAUAUCAUUCCAUGGGAUCACAAAGCCCGUCGUUCCCACCGAGCACUGAUCCGAGUGUGCUGUUGUGUGGUAGCGGCGGAGGAGGCAGCGACAGACACCCCGCCGGUUCAUCCCCGGGUGACAUCCAUUUGGAGCAAACACGGACUUUGCUGCUGGAGCAGCUUCCGGAUGUGUCUCGGAUCCUGGAAGAAGUGCAGUAUAUCGCCAGGCGCUUUCGAGAGCACGAUGAGGCCCAGGCCAUCUGCAGCGAGUGGAAGUUUGCGGCGGCGGUGGUGGAUCGCUUAUGCCUAGUAGCCUUCUCUCUCUUCUCCAUCAUCUGCACCUUUACCAUCCUCAUGUCAGCUCCCAAUUUCAUCGAGGCGGUGUCCAAGGACUUCACAUGAAACGGAUCAUUGCCCUCUACAGAGAAAAGAGUGGAAAAGCUCAAAGAUUGCUUCAAUGUCCAGAAACUGCUCCCGCUCCAUGCUUCAACUUCUUGGGACCGACAACAUCUACACGUGUCACUAACAUACUGUAGUUCAUAUCCCCCAUCUGUUUUCAUUUCUUUAUUUGCAGUUAUGUGGAAAUUGAGAAGAAGGCAAUCUUUGCUUUUUGUUAAUUUAACCCGACUAAUUCAGUAUUUUACCGCCAACAUGCACAUCAUUCCUUGCUUUUAAGCCUCUGGUAAUUUCUUUUUACUACAUAGUCCUAUAUAAGAUGGACACAGUAUUUCAAGAAAUCUGGAAAGAUCUGGAUUUAUUCACACUAAAAACAAUGCCUUAUUGUAUAAGGUGUUGUUUAUUUAUGUUAUUGAAUAAAUCCGGAUUCACAGUUUUAUUCUCUAAAUGGACAUGGGAAUUAUUAGAAGUAUAUCAAACGGAAAACGAACUAUGUGAAAAAGAGAAGCGAAAAAUGAGAAUUGAAUAGGAUAAAAUAAAACAAUAAAAGCAACUUAAAAACGAAUGAUAUUCCCAUGAGACUGUGUGAACUUUCUAAAACAAAACAAAAAAA